UAUUAGUCGCCGCAUUUAUUAAGGUAGUAAUCAUCAUUUGUUUUUAUUUUCGAAUAUGUAUGUUGUUAGUGAAAUCAAGUCUGGAGUCGUAAAGUAAGAAUUAUGUGCUCUAUGGACUUUAUUCAUCAUUGAGUAUGACGGUUUUUGAGGGUUGGAGCUGCAGUGUGGAGGUGACUGAUUGUCCUGUAGGGUGGUAGCUGGUUAUUGAUGGGGAUUCGUUAUGAACUGAUUGUGUUUUCUAGGCCUAAUUGUAACUCAACCAUUAUGUGUAAAAAGAAUUCUUAAAUUAGAAAAACCUUUACAUGGAUUAACUAUCUGUUUAUGUGAUCAGGACUUUUAUGUUGAGUCAAGGUACAUUAGACAUUACACUAAAUCUUUUAUUUGGAAGUGCCGGUUAUAUGAUUCCAAAAACAAAGUCUACAUCGAUUAAAAAUCAUGAUCUAAAUCUUGCGAUUCUUCUGCAAACUACUGGUCAGUGUUCUAAGCUGAAUUUCCUUUACGGAUUGUUAGUCAGCAAAUUAAACACAAAUGGCGUCAGACUACUUUUUUCGCUGGCAACAUGUUAUACCACGUCAAAUAAGGUUUUCAAAACACUGGUUUGAGAAAUCUCUUUAAUAAGUAGGCGUUUCCAUUAGCUUAAAUGCAUGGGAUGGUGCUUGGUCUGUUGCAAGUUUAUGGAAUACGCUAAAAUGAAAUAUACACUUCAAUUUGGGCCAACCAUAAAAUGUACAAUUUAGUGAUGUUCGUAGACCAACUCUCCCUAGCUCCCUUAUGAACUUUUUCAAACUAAGAAUGUGUGUAGAAAUCUACUUGAGAUUUCAUUAAAGCACUUAGUCAAAAUCGGUAAUAGUACUAUGUGUUCGUCAUCAUCUUUUGUUGUUACCUCGAAAUUUCUUUGAGGAAUGUAAAGUUGACUUCUGUGUAUCUGAAUGAAAGUUGUACAAUGUUCUUGAUAACUAGUCCUAUGUGUGCGUCAUGACCGUGUAACCUAUUAGCAUUUUAUUUACUUUACGGUUUCGGUCUGGUUGGGUUGCCUGUUAGUUGAGUAAUUUGUUUAGUGACUUUUCGCACUAACCUGGCAAAGUAGAAUGCUAUCCUAUUUCCGUCUGGAAUUCGUGAAGGCACAAUCUUCGACUCAUUUACUUGGACAAGUCAUUCGACGAUAUCCCAACUACCUACUUUUCAUGGGCUAACGGAAAGUUAUUUCAUUUCAGAAUGGGUCUUUGGCUUCAGGCCCCUUUGGUUUUGUUAUGCAUAGUGAUCUUGGUUUCAUCGGUGCCUACAUCAAUACAAAAACACGAGCUUGAAGAAAACGAUUCCUUUGACAGUCAACUGAUAGAGGAUAACAGAUCACAUUUUCGAGGACGCCAGUCUGGUAACAGGCUUGAAUCAGAUAAAAAUGAUUCAUUACCUGGUGAAAGACGGUCACGUAGGCGUCGCAGAAAGCAUAACCGAAAUUGUGAACAACCAGGCCAAUGUCCUGAAGGUGGUGCUAAUUGGAGACGGCCACACAGACGUGGGAAAAAACAUCGUACACGAUGCACUGGUGAUGGUGAUUGUCCUGAGGGUCAAAUGUGUAAGGAACGUCGUCACAGAGGAGGACGUAAACAUCAAACACGUGGUGCUCCGCCACCUUCCGGCAGUUUAUCUCCAUCCUCACACAGUGGACUAAAAGUCGGGAAGAAAUUUUGUCGUGAGAGAAAAAGUGGAGUACAUAGAAGAUCAGGAAUCCUGUAA